AUCGCGCCCCGCCCCACCCGCCCCGCGAGUAGACUCUCCAGUCGCUCAGCCUCAAACCAACUCUCUCUACUGUAUCGAUGAAGUUGUUUCAAAGAUGGCGGAUUUCCUGCCGUCCCGGUCCGUUUUAUCUGUAUGUUUUCCAAACUGUAUCCUCACGAGUAACGAGGCAGAACAAUUAAGGAAAUCUAAAGAAAUAGACAAACGUAUUUCGCGGGAUAAACCGUACGUGAAACGGCUGGUGAAGAUUCUCCUACUCGGAGCGGGUGAAAGCGGCAAGUCCACUUUCCUGAAGCAGAUGCGCAUCAUCCAUGGUCAGGACUUCGAUCAAAAGGCCAAAGAAGAGUUCAAGGCCACGAUUUUUAGUAAUGUUAUUAAAGGGGUGCGUGUGUUGGUGGAUGCCAGAGAAAAGCUCCACAUCCCGUGGGGAGAGGCGUCCAACCAGAGGCACGGAGAGACCAUGAUGGCGUUUGACACGAGGUCGGCCAGGAUGGCCCACGGCAUGGUGGAGACCAAGGUCUUCCUGCAGUACCUGCCCUCCAUCCGGGCCCUGUGGGCCGACACGGGCAUCCAGGACGCCUACGACAGACGCAGGGAGUUCCAACUGGGGGAGUCUGUGAAGUAUUUCCUGGAUCAUUUGGAAAAGCUGGGACAGCCGGUAGGACACUUGAUUUCAACACCUGAACAAAGUGGACAGGAUAGCAUGCUGCUCAAACAGCUGGAGACGUACAGAAUGGACUACCUACCGACUCAGCAGGAUAUUCUCCUGGCCCGUAAGCCCACUAAAGGUAUCCACGAGUACGACUUUGAGAUCAAGAACGUUCCAUUUAAGAUGGUGGACGUUGGGGGUCAAAGGUCGGAGAGACGGAGAUGGUUUGAGUGUUUUGACUCUGUCACCUCCAUCCUCUUCCUCGUCUCCUCUUCAGAGUAUGACCAGGUCUUGAUGGAGGACCGUCAAACCAACCGUCUCAGCGAAUCCCUCAACAUCUUCGAGACGAUCGUCAACAAUCGUGUUUUCUCCAACGUCUCCAUCAUCCUGUUCCUCAACAAGACAGACCUUCUGGAGGACAAGGUGCGCUCCGUCCCCAUCAAGGACUAUUUCCCAGAGUCCGGGGAGCCACACAGCCUGGUGGACGUACAGAGGUUCCUAGUGGACUGUUUCCGGGGGAAGAGGAGGGACGUGACACAGAAGCCCCUGUACCACCACUUCACCACAGCCAUCAACACGGAGAACAUUCGCCUGGUGUUCCGAGACGUCAAGGACACCAUCCUCCACGACAACCUAAAGCAGCUGAUGCUGCAGUGAUCGCAGGGGGGUUAUGACCUUUUUGAAGUCACCUUUUGGCCUUUAACCCCCCCCCUGUGACUCCUCACCGUGACCCACUGACUUGCCGUGAUUGCAGGGUGAUGAACAGAGAGCAGAAGAGUUGUUGUGUUACACUGUGUCACUGCCUUUUAAGUCACCUUUUGGCCCUUGACCUUUAACCCCUGCGAGCCCUCACCUUGACCCCUGAUCUCCAGUCACCUCUGGUGCAGGCUGUCACCUAUGACCCUUGACCACUGAACCCUGUUACCACUUCUAAUGGCCUUGUACCUGGCAGUUCAACCCCCCCCCUUCUAAACCACUGUAAAUGAGCUCUCCAAAUCCCUCCCCUCACACACCCCUCUCCUCUCUGUAAUGGACUAUUCCAGAGUCUGUAGAUAUGUUGAUGUGUUCUGUAGGAUGAAGUUGCCCUCAGACUCUGAUCCUGGGUCAGUUUGUAAUUUCCUCCACUAAUGCUUAAUGACAGGAUAUGGGGAGGGGAAGCUGGUCCUAGAUCUGUUGUUCUAUAUUACUAUAUUCACUCUGUUUGUUGGUUCACUCUUAACACUCCUGUCUCACUCUGUCACAUUGUAACCUGUCUGAGAAGUCCAGACCACUGCUGGAGGUUAGCGGUCAAGGGUGAAGGGGUCAACUGGCCUUUCUGUGUUGGAGGGAGGAGUCAAAGGUCGUCACCCACGGCAACCAGGGAAGAGGGGGUGGUAAACGCUGUAGAACAAAAUGAUGAUGAUGAUGACUGUGUUUUACUGGCGUCAGCUUGUCGCUAUGCACCUCCACUCACACCUGCCCUGAACUGGCUUGAUUCUACACUUCCUUUUCCCUCAGAGCCUGAUUAUGACAUCACCAUUCUGACAGCCAAUCAGUGUCACUAUCUGGAUGUGGAACCAACUGCAGCGGAGAGCUUGUUACUUGUUGUUGUUGCUGAGGGGGAAGUUAAAGAGUGGGGGACUUUACAACACUGUACUAAAACUAAUCCUUAAUGAUUCCACAAAUAAGCCUUUUACCACUGUCUGAUGAUUACCUAUCAAACAGAGCUAUACACACACACACACACAACCUGCCCAUAGAGACUCUUCUGACCUGGUCCUGGUCUUACUGUUUGGAACUUUUUACUUUUUUUCCCACAUAGAUUUAAUAUGAAUAUAUGUACCUAAACAUUGUCUUAAGUUAUAUUUGAAAGGUUUUACACAAGUUUGAUUUACACCUGCUGAUGGACAGUGUUAAAGGCUAUGGAAGAGGGUGUGUGAACACACGCUCGGACAGACUGGCUCAGACAGACCAGUUGAUAAACUACUGAGCUAAUUCUCAGGAUACAUUGUGGACCACUUAUUUGUGUAUUUAGAGCAAUGACGUUCAUUUGCCGAAGUCCUAAAACACACAGACAGACGGACGGCUGUCCAUCAGAGGCUGGUAGUCUAAACAACUUGCCAGCCAGCUACAUCCCCUCUUCCAGUCCUUUUUUCUCCCCUCUUUCUAUCCCGCUCUCUGUGUUAGUGUAAGCAAGUGAUCAGCCUUAUUAACCCUGUGGAGGCUCAUCCUAGAGGGAAGAGACAGUGAUCAGCCUUAUAAACCCUGUGGAGGCUCAUCCUAGAGGGAAGAGACAGUGAUCAGCCUUAUAAACCCUGUGGAGGCUCAUCCUAGAGGGAAGAGACAGUGAUCAGCCUUAUAAACCCUGUGGAGGCUCAUCCUAGAGGGAAGAGACAGUGAUCAGCCUUAUAAACCCUGUGGAGGCUCAUCCUAGAGGGAAGAGACAGUGAU